AUGCUAUCGAUUGACCCCGUUUGCUGUAGUGCAGAAUCCACACACCUACUCUGGGGCUGGCUACCAGCAGAACCACCUCCAGGGGAAGGAUCACCAGGGGCGGCCCCGCCAGCAGAUAAAGCAGAGAAAGCUAGAAAGAAACAAGGAAGAAGUUAUAUGUUAUUGCGUCUUGACUUUCUCCAGUUGUCCCUUUUCAGUCUGCCUCUUCUACUAGCGGAACUGCCCCUGCACCAGCCCCCAACCCAAGUGGCUGAUAGUGUUGCCAGUCCGGGCCAAACCGGUUUUGCAGCGAAGUUAGCAUGGUACGAGACUUUUGAUGCUUAUUGA